GAUACACCGACCGGCGCGGUGGCCGUCGCUUUUCCCGCUUGUCCCGUCCCGCUCCUGCCUAAUUUUCCGACGGUCCUCCCGUCCGCAGCCAAGAUCUGGGUCCGGGAUCGACCGCGGAAUGGCCACUGUCGAUUGCAAGAGCGACGACGCCCCAUGCGUCACUCUCACCGUCAGACUCAUCAUGCAAGGAAAAGAAGUGGGCAGCAUAAUUGGUAAGAAAGGCGACAACAUCAAGAAAUUCCGAGAAGAGAGUGGCGCUAAAAUUAACAUCUCGGAUGGUUCCUGUCCGGAACGCAUCGUUACCGUCACGGGAUCCAGUCAGGCGAUUCUCAAGGCCUUCUCGAUGGUGGCCACUAAAUUCCAACAGGAUCUGCAGAGCGGUCCCACCGAAGCCAACCUUCCCAAACCGCCUGUGACGCUACGCCUCAUCGUUCCCGCCAGUCAGUGCGGUUCCUUAAUUGGUAAAGGAGGGUCCAAGAUUAAAGAAAUUCGAGAGGUGACUGGAGCGUCGAUACAAGUUGCUAGUGAAAUGCUUCCAAACUCAACAGAAAGAGCCGUCACUGUAUCUGGAACGGCGGAAUCCAUCACCAAAUGCAUCUACCAAAUUUGCUGCGUCAUGAUGGAGUCGCCACCGAAAGGAGCAACUAUCCCCUAUCGCCCGAAACCGGCCAUGCCACCCGUCAUCUUCGCUGGAGGUCAAGCAUAUACUGUGCAGGGUCAAUAUGCCAUUCCUCAUCCGGAUCUUACCAAGUUACACCAAUUGGCGUUGCAGCACGCGCCACUGCUUCCGGGACCGGGCCUGACGACGUUAGGAUCUUCGGCUCUGGCGAGCCUGGCCGCCAGUGACGCUCUGCGUCAGGGUACUGCUACCAGCACCACGGAAAUGAGUGUUUCAAACGAUCUCAUUGGCUGCGUUAUCGGAAAAGGUGGAGCCAAGAUCAACGAGAUCAGGCAAUUAUCCGGAGCCACCAUUAAAAUAUCCAACACCGAAGAGGGAUGUAAAGACAGGACGGUAACUAUUUCAGGAACUCCGGAAGCCAUUAAUCUGGCUCAAUACCUCAUCAAUACUAGUAUGGAAUUGCAUAAGAAUAUGACAUUGGACCCGACUUCUAGCCCCGCCUCCACCUCUGCCUCUGUCACCACCCUGAGCACGAGCCCGAGUCCAUUGGCCAUCCCCUUAAGUCAGCUGAUGAAACCCACCUCCUUCGCUAUUAGCUUGACCGCCGCGGCGGCGGCCGUUGCCGCUUCUUCUCCCGCCACCUCCGCCCUUUUUGCUGCCGAAUCGAAUUCCGUGGCCAACCAGAACCGAAAAAACCUUACCACGAAAAUUCGCGGUUCCACCAAUCACAAUGGAGGUAAGAAGUCCGAAAAGAAUAAGUUCUCUCCGUAUUGAGUGAAUUAUCUGUGAAUACAGCAAGCGGUAUUGUUGGGAAUAAUCGUCUCCUAAAUGGAGGUUACUGACAUGUGACAAUGCCAAAGUUUGGUUAAAUGUUAAUUGAAUUUCGGAUAGGAAAUUUGUGUUUCAUGAAAAGUCUCCGUAUAAUACGCAGACUAUUUAAUCAAUUUUUAAAAAUUCUCUAUCCUAUGACUACUAAGAAGGCCUUUCUUUCAUGCUUUUAUGGGUUCAAGAAAGCCCACAACGGGCAGUCAAUGAUAACGGAGGGGCCAAGAAUGUCUCGGACCGAAUUCCACGAAAUGAGACGGUAAAGGCAUCAUCCUGGCAAUCUGGGUUUGGAUUCGAGUCUGGUUCAGGAACCUCGAGAAGCUUUUGUGAUCUGUUUUCCAUAAUCCUUUGGAAGUGAGUGAUCUGUCCACGGGUGGAUUGCUUCUUUCACACAGAAAUUCCCCCCUGGAAAUCUAAUGAUCGAUUAUUGGCUUUAAAUUGUAUCAUUAUGGGUCGAAUAAGGUACACCGAGCCCGUCAAUCCCUACAUGGCAGCCUUCAUUUUGGUUCUGGAUUCGAAAAUAGGUAAGGAGAAAAGGCGCUCUUACUGCCUAGGGUGAACUAAUGCAUCUACGAAAUGUCCCAGUGGUUGCUGACCAGAACUCGAACCCGAAUCCCCAGAGCUGCAGGCUGACCUUUUCCUGUCUAAAGGGUUGUAUGCACACAUAAUAUCAGACGCGUUAACAUGCAUCUAUAUGUGUAUUCGGUGAAAUGUUACAUUAAAUCACAUUCUACGUCAGAAGUGAAUGCAUGUUAAGCGACACGUAUGUCUAAAGUGUGGAUACUUUUAAAUCGCCCUGUAUAAUGAGGAAAUCGAGUUUAUUUUCUAUAGAAGCAAUCAUUUAAUGAAAUCCGAAAGAUUAAAUAUUAAGUAGAAUUAAGUGUUAUAAAUAUUGUUUAAAUAUUGUUAUGUAUAAUAACGAGUAUUUUCACUCUGUCUUACGUCACACAAGAAGUGUAUAGGAAUAUUUUGUUUAUGUCGUAUACGUUGUGGUGUCUUUUUAACAAUGUGUAAAUGAUGUAAAAAUUUACUUUACGAUUUUUUACAUGUAGUUUGUCAUUUACGAUGGUGUUUACAAGCUUAAUUCUUUAGUUUUCUACGGUGUAAUGAAGUUUUCAACUGAAAGAACUUGCGUUAAAUUAACGGUAGUUUGUAUAUUCCACAAUACUGAGUUCUUGAAAAGUAUUGAAGUAUGUCUUAACGCGAUGUGUAAUGUGUGUUUCUGCAAGCUUCACUAGAUCCAAUUCUUUCCUUCUUCAAUAAUAAUAAUAACUUUUCAUAGUUAGUUAUUAUUAUUGAAACAGUUAAAGAUCAAAGAGAAAAACGACCAAAGUAGGCAGUCAAGCACUUCGAUUUAGCGCUACCAUUUAUUCGACUCUGAAAUUGGCUCUAAAAAAUAGGUUCUUUGAUUGACACAUUACGACGUUUGCACUAUUUAAGGGUUGCGCUAAAUCGAGGUGUGACUGCACGAAUAAAUAUAUCUGUUGUUUAUGUAUUACGUAGAGAUAACAGUAACGUAUCGGUGUUGUGAUAAGAAAUUUUCAUUAUUUUUCCUUACGAAGAACUACUUAACACUAAAGAAUAUCGUAUAUUGUACGCUUGCAUAAUCUUAAUUAUUAUGAUGUCACAGUGUAAUUUACCUGCAAUACAUAUCAGAAUUUCCAUUUACUUCCUUUAUUUUACGUACUGUACGUGUUCGGUCGAGUGAUAGUCUUGGAACGUGUACAAAAUGCAAUUUGAUAUAUGACAUUUAUUUUGUUAAAUUACGAACGUCUGAAAUGGGAAUCGAAUAGGGGGGACGUUCUAGCGAACGUGCUGCACGAUGUAUAGUCAAUAAUAAUUAUAGACUAGAAAUUAGAAAUCGAUGUAUUAUAUCUUAUGUAUAAUUUAUGGACUGCAUUGGAACGUUUAAAUGUGUGUAAUUUAGAGCAGUGAAGUUGGUUAGCAAUAUCAAUUAUUGCUCAGUUACAAUCAAAAAAACAAUAUGUUUAUAUGUAUAUAACAAAUCAAACGAUUAGAAUGUAUAAAGUACGUCUAAAUAGAAUUUUCAUCCCAA